AUGACGAAAAGAAUCUACCUCGACCCAAUAAAUUUCACAUUCCCGGUCUCAGACCUCGUCCUGCUGAACCUAACAGCAGUCGGCACAGGCGCCUUUACACCAAGCCAAACCCUUGAAGCUCUGCUCCUCAACCCAGGAGAAUCAUACAGAUUCAACAACAGCCCCAGCACACUCAUCAAGCGCGCUGGCGACCACGAGUUCACCUCCUAUAACUCGACUGGCUGUGCUCUGGAGGGGGUUAUGGCUUCAGUCGAGGGCUUUGGAUGCGAGCUUGUUGCGGAAUUGGUGCAGCUCUGGGGAGUAUGGGUCGCGUCGUUGGGGAACUUUGUGGGAUCUGUUGGUUAG